AUGUCGUACUUAAACAAUCCCGCUGUUGUGAUGGACAAUGGUACCGGGCUGACCAAACUCGGUUUCGCCGGUAACGAUUCUCCCUCGUGGGUCUUCCCUACUGCCAUAGCCACAGCAGCACCCUCCAAUACAAAGAAAUCUUCAGGCGUUGGUGCGCCCUCAGCAGCUAGUAGUGAGGCAUCAUAUUUUGGAAAUUCCACUUCUGCUACUAAUUUCAAUGGUGCAACAGGAGGCUUGCUAUCCAAUAAUUUAUCCGGUAAAAGAGGUACAGAGGAUUUGGAUUUCUAUAUUGGAAAUGAGGCCCUAGUAGCAUCCCAAGGACCCUCUUACUCUUUAAGUUAUCCAAUCAGACACGGUCAAGUGGAGAAUUGGGAUCACAUGGAGAGAUUCUGGGAAAAUUCCAUCUUCAAGUAUUUAAGAACAGAACCUGAAGAUCACUUUUUCCUAUUGACCGAACCGCCGCUGAACCCUCCAGAAAACAGGGAGCAAGUUGCUGAGAUUUUCUUUGAAUCGUUUAAUUGUGCUGGUCUAUAUAUUGCUGUGCAAGCAGUCUUGGCUCUGGCCGCGUCAUGGACUUCUUCGAAAGUUACGGAUAGAUCACUGACUGGUACCGUUAUAGAUUCUGGUGAUGGUGUCACUCACGUCAUCCCAGUGGCGGAAGGCUACGUUAUCGGAUCAGCGAUCAAAAACAUUCCAAUAGCCGGUAGGGAUAUUACAUUGUUCAUCCAAUCCUUGUUAAGAGAACGUGGUGAAGCAGACACUUCCUUGAGAACUGCAGAAAAGAUCAAGCAAGAAUAUUGUUACGUCUGUCCAGAUAUUGUAAAGGAAUUUAAUAAAUUCGACAGAGAUCCUUCUAAAUUUGCCCAAUUUGUGGUGGAAAACCAAGAGAAGACAAGGAGAAAAGUUGUAGAUAUUGGUUAUGAAAGAUUCUUGGCUCCUGAAAUCUUCUUCAAUCCAGAAAUUGCAUCCUCAGACUUUUUGACUCCUUUACCUACGGUAGUAGAUCAAACUAUCCAGGCUUGCCCUAUUGACGUUCGUAAAGGUUUAUACAACAACAUUGUAUUAUCAGGUGGGUCUACUAUGUUCAAAGAUUUUGGACGUCGUUUACAAAGAGAUUUAAAGUCUAUCGUAAAUAACAGAAUCGCACAGAGCGAACUUCUAAGUGGGACUAAAUCGACUGGUGUAGAUGUUUCCGUGAUUUCUCAUCGGAAGCAGAGAAACGCUGUUUGGUUUGGUGGCUCACUACUGGCACAAACUGCCGAAUUCAAAGGUUACUGUCACACUAAGAAAGACUAUGAGGAAUACGGUCCGGAAAUUGUUAGAAAUUUCAGCCUUUUCAACAUGGUUUGA